AAACGAAGUUGCAGCGGCAACUUGUUGCCUCGUGAGGGAAAUAGGGGUGACCUUCAAAUUACCCGAGUAGGGAGAGAGCCGCUGUCAUUCAGAAGCAGCUGAAAAUGGCAGAGCCUAUUAGAGUACUGAUCACUGGCGCUGCAGGGCAGAUCGCCUAUUCCCUUCUUUACAGCAUUGCCAAGGGAGAUGUCUUCGGCAAAGAUCAGCCUCUCAUUAUGGUUCUGUUGGACAUCACGCCCAUGUUGCCAGUCCUGGAUGGUGUCGUUAUGGAGCUGCAGGACUGUGCUCUCCCACUUUUGAGAGAGGUCAUCCCUACUGAUAAAGAGGAUGUUGCAUUCAAAGAUUUGGAUGCUGCCAUCCUAGUGGGGUCCAUGCCAAGGAGAGACGGCAUGGAGAGGAAGGACUUGCUGAAGGCCAAUGUUGCCAUCUUUAAGGCCCAGGGGGUGGCGCUUGACAAGUAUGCCAAGAAGACAGUAAAGGUUCUGGUUGUUGGUAACCCAGCUAACACCAACUGUCUGAUUGCGGCCAAAUCCGCCCCUUCCAUCCCCAAGGAGAAUUUCUCCUGUUUGACACGUCUGGAUCACAACAGGGCUUGUUCUCAGGUGGCAAUGCAUUGUGGCAUUUCUGCAAGCAGUGUGAAGAAUGUGAUCAUCUGGGGAAAUCACUCCUCUACACAGUACCCAGACGUCCAUCACUGCAUGGUGAAUGUGCAGGGGAAGGACGUGACUGCCUUCGAUGCAGUGAAAGACGAUGCCUGGCUGAAGGGAGAGUUCAUUUCUACAGUGCAGCAGCGUGGUGCUGCAGUCAUUAAGGCCAGGAAGCUCUCUAGUGCCAUGUCAGCUGCCAAGGCCAUCUGUGACCACAUGAGAGACAUUUGGACUGGCACUCCUGAGGGUGAGUUUACCUCAAUGGGUGUCUAUUCCAAUGGAAACUCUUACGGAGUACCAGAGGACCUAAUUUACUCAUUCCCUGUUACGAUCAAGGAUAAGACCUGGAAGAUUGUUGAUGGGUUGCCCAUCAAUGACUUCUCAAGAGCAAAGAUGGAUGCAACAGCAGCGGAAUUAGUGGAGGAAAGAGACACCGCUGUCUCUUUCCUGGGUGUUUGACAAGAAACCCAACCAUCUACACCACACUUAGAUACCCAGAAAACUCCAGAAGCACGGCUGUAAAACACUCCAUCUUUGUUUCCUCCUUGAAACUCUGUAAAACAACUUCUAGAACUUUCUGGACUUGAAUUCCUAAAUUAUUGCCCAGAGAGCUAAGCUCGGUUAAAUCCAGAAUGCUGACUGAAAAUUUUGAAUUCAGAUCUUGUUCUCACUGUGCCGCAAGGACUUUUCCUUCCUGUUUGUUUUCCUUCCUGUUCUUGAUCCUCCACAUUGUGUACAGCUCUCAUGUAAGGACACAAAAAAUAGCAAGUAGGUAUAAUUUCAGGCCAGAGACCUCCAAAUGGGGACGGAAUCUCAAAGAGGACAGGGUUACUCGAAAAGGGGGUGGGGUUACUCUAAAGGGCGGUUGUGCCAACUCCAAAAGGGUUAAGGUUAGGGAAAGGGGUAAGGUUAGGGGCUCCCUAUAUUUUUAAUGCUGAUUUGUAGUUCACGCCCCUUUUUGGAGUUAUGCCUACAGCUGUACCCUUCUCAAAAAUAGUCUAAAACAAGACCGUAUCUAUACUGCCCUUUCCAGUCCAACUUGUAGAGGACCUGAAUAAAAGAGGGCCAAAGCCUGGAAAGGACUCCGAGUAUAUGAUUUAGACCAUUCUGUGUCAUUAUGCAACUGUUACAUGUCUGACAAGAGUUUGCUGAUAUUUAUGGAGGAAUGUUUCAUGUGUCAAUAAAAGUGCUAUGGCAGAAUCCAGUAAUAAAACCAAGAUAUUAAAAUUCA